AUGUGGAAACAGAAUACCUCACUCAUAAUACGUAGUGGUGUUACUUUUCAAAAUAGUGGUAAAAUAUUGUUAGGAAGGCAAUUUUCACAAUUAACUACUCCUUUAUUACAGAAAGGACAAAGACAAGACAAUAAUGGUAAUAUUAAUAUUCCUGGAUUUUCGAAUAAUCCAUUGAGAGACUUUACUUUACAUGAUUCAACAACUGGCUUAAAUAAACCGUCAUCACUAUCUGGUUUGAAGAUUGAUUUGGACACAUUGACCAAUACUUCUGGUGCUAUUAAUAAUCAUAAUAAUAAUAACAAUAAUAAUCCAUUCUCCAUGGCUGAUAAUGCCAAUAAUGAAAUUGAAAUUAAAAAGAAAUUAGAAAAGGCAUUGUUAUUAGAAAAUUCAGACAUUAGAGAAACUGCAUUAUCCACUAAAUUUGGUCCACUUGCUGGUAGAACGGUGGAUGUAAUUAAUAGCGACACAGCAACUGCAUUUAGAAGGUUGGCUUCAAUUUUAUCAUCAAAUCAAGUGUGGAAAGACCGUAGGGAUCAAAGAUUUUACAUGAAACCUGGUAAAAAGAAAGAACUAAAGAGAUCACAACAUCAUAGAAGGAGAUUUAUGAAGGGAUUCAAGAGAUUGAUGGAUAUCGUUAAAGAUGCGAAUAGAAAAGGCUACUAA